AUGUUUGAAAUAGUAAUAUAAUACGCUUUAAGGUAAUUUAUUUGUAAGAUAAUCUUAGUUCAACUAAAAAAAUAUACAAACUAUUAACUUCAGAUGGUAAAAUUGACAGGUCAUAUUUUCUGACAUUGUUUGCUUUAUGA